AUGGAGAGUUCUCUGGAGUUGGGCAACAUGACCAGAGUCCAGGAGUUUGUCUUGCUGGGUUUGUCCACCAGGCCGGGCAUAAGGAAUGCCCUGUUUGCUGUCUUCCUGACCCUCUACCUGCUGACCCUCCUGGAAAACACCCUCAUUAUCUACCUCAUCUGCAGUCACAGCGAGCUCCACAAGCCCAUGUACUUCUUCUUGGGUAACCUGAGCUGCCUAGAGAUGUGCUAUGUGUCAGUGACCAUGCCCAGCCUGCUCCUGGGGCUUUGGACUGGACCCUGCCAUGUACCCUUCACAGCCUGCAUGACCCAGCUAUUCUUCUUUAUAGUCCUCAUCUGCACGGAGUGCACCCUCCUGGCCUCCAUGGCCUAUGACCGCUACGUGGCCAUCUGCCGCCCACUCCACUACCCACUGCUCAUGAGGCCCCAGGUCUGCCUGGGCUUGGCCUUGUCUUCAUGGAUUGGGGGGCUGCUGGUCUCAGUGGUCAAGACAUCUUGCAUUGCCAGCCUGUCCUACUGUGGCCCCAAUGUCCUCAACCAAUUUUUCUGUGAUGUCUCCCCUCUGCUCAACCUGUCUUGCACCCACGUGGCCCUGACGGAGCUGGUCGACUUCAUCUCUGCCAUUGUCAUCUUCUGUGGAACACUGUUGGUAGCAUUAGCCUCCUACUCAGCAAUCGUGGUGGCCGUGCUCCUCAUGCCAUCAGCCGCUGCCCGACGCAAGGCCUUUUCCACCUGUGCCUCCCACCUGAUUGUGGUGGGCAUCUUCUACUCAGCAGCCCUCUUCAUCUACUGCCGUCCCAGCCGUAUCAAAUCCAUGGACCUCAACAAGGUGCUGUCAGUCAUCUACACGGUAGUCACGCCCAUGUGCAACCCCAUCAUCUACUGCCUGAGGAACAAAGAGGUCCAUGUGGUGCUUCGGAAAACUCUCCACUGGCCUUGA